AUGACAUCCACCUACCUCGCGCCGAACUCGGUGGUGCAGACGUACAACGGCAGCGAUGCGGCGGGCGCGCCGCACGCGACGGACGAGCCUUUGUUUGCGCCCAUCUCGAACGCCUCGAACCCGAACGCGUCGCGCGUAUGCUACUUCUUCGACUCGGACAUUGGCAACUACCACUACGGCCCUGGGCAUCCGAUGAAGCCGACGCGCAUCCGCAUGUGCCACUCGCUCGUCAUGAACUACGGCCUGUACAAGCGCAUGGAGAUCUUCCGCGCCAAGCCGGCGACGAAGCGCGAGAUGAGCCAGUUCCACACGGACGAGUACGUCGACUUUCUCAACCGCGUCACGCCCGACAAUGUCGACUCGUUCGUGCGCGAGCAGGCCAAGUUCAACGUGGGCGACGACUGCCCCGUCUUCGACGGGCUCUUCGAGUACUGUUCCAUCAGUGCCGGCGGCAGUAUGGAGGGGGCCGCACGGCUGUCGCGCGACAAGUGCGAUAUCGCCAUCAACUGGGCGGGUGGACUGCACCACGCAAAGAAGGGCGAGGCGAGCGGGUUUUGCUACAUCAACGAUAUUGUGCUGGGUAUUCUCGAGUUGCUGCGCUACCAUCCGCGCGUGCUGUACAUCGACAUUGAUGUGCAUCACGGCGACGGUGUCGAGGAGGCGUUUUAUACCACCGACCGCGUCAUGACGUGCAGCUUCCACAAGUACGGCGAAUUCUUCCCCGGCACCGGCGAGCUGCGCGACACGGGCAUCGGCAAGGGCAAGAUGUACUCGUGCAACUUCCCGCUGCGCGACGGCAUCACGGACGAGUCGUACAAGACCGUAUUCGAGCCGGUGAUCGCACAGAUCAUGGAGCACUACCGACCUUCUGCGGUCGUCCUGCAGUGCGGCUCGGACUCGCUUGCGGGUGACAAGCUGGGCUGCUUCAACCUGUCCAUGCGCGGACACGCCAACUGCGUCGAGUACGUCAAAUCCUUCGGUCUUCCACUGCUGUUGCUUGGAGGGGGUGGAUAUACGAUGCGCAACGUCAGCCGUGCAUGGGCGUUUGAAACCGGCUUGGCGGCGGGACAGGAGCUCAACCCUCAAAUUCCGGUCAACGAGUACUACGAAUACUUUGGGCCCGAUUACCGGCUCGACGUGCGACCGAACAACAUGGAGGAUCUCAACACGCGCGAGUACCUCGAGAAGAUCAAGAUCCAAGUGUUUGAAAACCUGCGCCAAACCGCGCACGCCCCGAGCGUCCAAGGCCACGUCGAACCGCGCAGUAUCGCCGAGCAGUUGCAUCUGCAGAGUGUGGCGGAUGGAGAGGAGCGAUUGGACUUGGCGGAUAAGAAUGGGCUGCAGGCGUUGGAGGAUGAGCAUCCCGAUCGGAGGGUGGUGGAUGUGCAAGCGUUCCAGGACCAUGCUCGUGGUGGAGACGACGAGUUGGACAGGGAGGCUAGUGCCAACCCCACCCGAGUUGCGGAUGGCAGUGCGGAAAAAGUGGGCAUCGCAAGGCUCAAUCCAACAGCAGCCGCGGAGGAGCAGGCGAUAGAUGAGCAGAUCGACGCCAAGGAGCGCGCCAGACUCGAGGCCAAGCAUGGUGCUGCCGUGCCACAACCGGACCAACACGCCCAGUCGCACCAAGACGCCACACCUCAGUCCGAAACCAUGGAUGUAGACGCCUAA